GCCCCCUUCCUCCCUUCCCUCCUCCUUCUCCUCCUCCCCGCGGCGGGCAGAGGCGGCGGGGAGCGGCCGAGGAGCGGAGGCAUGUGAAGCGGGCAGCUCCCCAUCUCCGGCCGCCACGGGGCCCCGCUCGCCAUGAAGAAGUUCUCCCGCAUGCCCAAGGCCGAGGGGAGCGGCGGCGGAGCGGGCGGCGGAGCCGGAGGAGCGGGCGGCGCGGCCGCCCUGGGCCGGGUGUUCGCAGUCGGGCGGCACCAGGUCACCGCCGAGGAGCUGCUGGCGGAGGGUGGCUUCUCAACUGUGUUUCUGGUACGUACCCAUGGUGGGAUACGUUGUGCACUCAAACGAAUGUAUGUUAAUAAUGUCCCAGAUCUCAACGUAUGCAAGAGAGAAAUUACUAUUAUGAAAGAGUUAUCUGGGCACAAGAAUAUUGUAAGCUAUUUGGAUUGUGCUGUUAACAGUGUAAGUGACAACGUCUGGGAGGUCCUCAUUCUCAUGGAGUAUUGUCGAGCUGGGCAAGUUGUGAAUCAGAUGAAUCAGCGCCUGCAGACAGGCUUUACAGAGUCAGAAGUAAUGAGAAUAUUUUGUGAUACCUGUGAAGCUGUUGCUCGGCUGCAUCAGUGCAAAACUCCUAUAGUUCACCGAGAUUUAAAGGUGGAGAAUAUAUUGCUAAAUGACAGUGGAAAUUAUGUUCUCUGUGAUUUUGGCAGUGCUACAAACAAAUUCCUUAAUCCUCAAAAAGAUGGUGUUAAUGUGGUUGAAGAAGAAAUUAAAAAGUAUACAACACUAUCGUACAGAGCUCCUGAAAUGAUCAAUCUUUAUGGAGGGAAAUCAAUUACUACCAAGGCAGAUAUUUGGGCACUUGGCUGUUUGCUGUAUAAGCUUUGUUUCUUUUCACUUCCCUUUGGAGAAAGUCAAGUUGCUAUUUGCGAUGGAAGUUUUACUAUUCCGGACAAUUCCCGAUACACUCACAGUAUACACUGUUUGAUAAGAUAUAUGCUUGAACCAGAUCAAGAACAGAGACCUGAUAUUUUUCAGGUAUCUUACUUUGCCUUUAAACUUGCCAAAAAGGAUUGUCCAGUGUCCAAUAUUAAUAAUUCUCCUGUCCCUUCAACUCUUCCUGAGCCUAUGACAGCUAGUGAGGCAGCUGCUAGAAAAAGCCAAAUAAAAGCAAGAAUAACAGAUCCUACUGGACCAACAGAAACCUCAAUUGCACCACGACAAAGACCAAAGGCCAAUUCAAGCACUGCUGCUUCAAGCGUUCUGACGAUCCAGAGUUCAGCAACACCAGUCAAAGUCCAAGUUCCUGGUGUAUUUGGUAAUCGUGGGCAAAAAGGAACCCCAAGACCUGGAAAUGGCCAAGAAAUGUUGCUGUCUCAAGGGACCAAUCAGCACCAUCCACAGCAGAACAGAGUUCUCCAGCAGCUGCAGCAGGGGGACUGGAGACUACAGCAGUUACACCACUUACAUCACCAGCAAAAACAACCGACAAUUCAGGAGGCUUACAUUCAGCAGUAUCAACAAGCAGUGCACCAGCAGGUGAUCCAGCAGCAACUGUUGAUGCAGUCUGUGUACCAGCAGCAACCUUCCCAAUCUCAGUAUCCUGCUAUGGUGCAGCAAUAUCAGCAGGCUCUUAUACAGCAGCAGAUGCUUGCUCAGCAACAGCAACGGUCACAACAGGUGCAAUCUCCUGAAUAUGUCCCUUCUCUACAAGACUUCUCGCCAGCCUUAAUCUCCUAUUCUACAUCACUUCCAGUACAUGCUGGAACAGUGGCAGAUUCUCCCUAUACUGCAAACAGGUCAGGCAUUAUUGAUGCUGAGGCAAUUACCAGUUACCCAAAGCAGAGCAUCAAUAACCCACCUGAUAUGUCAGGCUGGAACCCAUUUGGAGAGGACAAUUUUUCCAAGUUGACAGAGGAGGAGCUGCUGGACAGAGAAUUUGACCUGCUAAGAUCAAACAGGCUGGUGGACAGGAGAACAACUUCAGAUAAGAAUGUGGGGCUACAUUCUGCUCCACAGAAAAGUCCUCCCGAAGAUCCAUUUGGUUCUGUUCCUUUCAUUUCUCACCCAGAGUCAAAACAUAGCAACCUACCAGACACUGAAGGAAAAAAAAUAAUCAACUCUGCUUCAGCUGAAACCAGGACGUGUGAUGUUUUCCUCCAUCCCUUGAGUAGCAGAGAUUCCCCUGGAAAACAAUUGGAGAACUCAGCCAGCAGUCAAGGAAACAACUUAGGGACCCCAAACAAAGCUGGAAGACUGAGUCAUGCUUUUAAAGAUCCCCGGCCAGGAAGGAAGACUGCAGAGGGACAAGUGACAAAAGGUUGUGAUGAGUCAGAGAGUGAUUUUGAAUCAGAUCCUCCCUCUCCUAAGAGUAGCGAGGAGGAAGAAGAACAAGAGGAUGAGGAGGUCUUGCAAGGUGAGAAUGGAGACUUCAAUGAUGACAAUGAUACAGAACCAGAGAAUUUAGGCCACCGCCCUCUGCUCAUGGACUCUGAGGAAGAGUUGGAAGAAGAGGAGGAGGAGAAGCAAAGUUCUGAUUCUGAAUCUGACCGUACCAAACAAAAAUUUGUGGAAGGGCUCCCAAGCAGUAGAUUCAGAAAUGUUAUGGGCAGCAGUAAAGUUAAAGAACCCAGCUUAAUGCAAACACCUGAGGUGCCAACUACUGUUGUCAAAGUGAGCCCUGGCCAAGAAUUUGAUGUGUUUGGGGCAGUGCCCUUUUUUUCUCUUCAGCCUCAGCCAAGAGAGAAGGGCAACCAGGAUGUCUCUUCUCAGACUGCAUUUCCCAGCCUGAGCCAAGAGCAGGAUGACUUUGAUGUUUUCACCAAAGCUCCGUUCAGCAAAAAGGUUUCUCAGCAAGAUGACCAGGUGGUGGGAACCAAAACACAGCUCUCACCCACCUCGCCACGGAGCGUUGAUGUUUUUGGUUGCACCCCAUUUCAGCCCUCUCUACUCCCCAAGAUGAGUGGGAGUAAAGAGGACCUGUUUGGGCUGGUUCCUUUUGAAGAGAUCACUGGGAGUCAGCAGCAGCAGAAGGUAAAGCAACAGCGCAACCUGCAGAAGCUUUCAUCCCGUCAGAGGCGCAUGAAGCAGGAGGUCCCAAAGAACAAUGGGAAGCGUCACCAUGGCACCCCAACAACCACAAAGAAGACUUUGAAACCCAACUACCGCACUCCCGAAAGAGCCCGCAGGCACAAGAAAGCAGGCCGCAGGGACUCACAGAGCAGCAACGAGUUCCUGACCAUCUCUGACUCCAAAGAGAACAUCAGUGUUUCACUGACGGACAGCAAAGACCGAACCAACCCUUUGCAGACAGAUGAGAGUCUGCUGGAUCCCUUUGGAGCCAAACCCUUCCACCCACCAGAAUUGAUGCGGCAUCCUCAGCAUCAGGGGUUUGGUGACAGCCGUGGGGAUCAUGGUGCAGUGGUAGUGGCUAGCAGGCCUCGGCAGAGCUCCUUGCUGGGACCGGUGCAUGCUGGUGAUGGGCUGAAAACAGAUGAUUUUGGUGCAGUCCCCUUUACAGAACUGGUUGUACAGAGUGCACAGAGUCAGCAGCAACAGGCACUAGAGUUGGAUCCCUUUGGAGCAGCUCCAUUUCCUUCGAAACAGUAAAUGCUUCCAGCGGGUCCCUCCUUCCACCUCUCUGAGUUGCUUAGUAGUGAGUUCAAUGAGCAGAAUCAUUUCUCUCUUUGACAGGGAGCUGGGCUGUACAGUUUAUUCAAGUUAAAGAAGGCACGGCUGGCUUGCAUGAUGGAAUGCAAAAGAAAGCAAUUUUUAAUUUUCUUUUGAGAGAAAUUGAAAACUUUUGUUAUGAAAGAUGGCUCCCAGAACAUAAAGAGAAAUGGGACAUGAAUUGGUGUCUGUUGCUGACUUUUGGACCUGGAAAAUGUCAUCCUGCACUUUUGCAUCACCUUUUCAGCACUCGGCAAUGUGCUGAAAUGGAGGGAAGGGAAACAGGCAAAGAUAACAUGAAAAAGUUUUCCAAACUUAUAGAUAGGCUGAAGGAACUGUGGUUCUUCUUUGUCUCAGUUGCACUAGACCUAAGAACCUAAACAUACUAAUAUCCAGACUUAUAUGCUGGGAGUAGUCAAUUCUUCACUUCCUAGAUGAAAACUACCUUUGUUAAUCAUAAAAUAAUGAAGCCAGGUCAUCACGGAGCUGCAGCCCAGAAUUUCAAAGCAUGGCUGUGGCUUUGUACCUGGUAGACAUCUAUGCAGCUGCAGAGCUGAAAGGCAGAUUAUUUUUUUUGUGUGUGUGCCUAAAUCUUCAAUUUUAUUUUUUACAGUAAGUGCCAUUAAUGUAAAAUAGCAAACUGGAAGUCUAGAGUUAAAAUGCAGAUGCAAAGAACAUAACAGUUUGUGAAAUGGAAUCUGAAUGUAGAGGAGUAAACCAGCAGGGAUGUAGCCAGUGUUUGCAGCACUUUGAAGACUACUCAGCACACUGGGGGAAGAGGCUGGUGAGAAGGACAUCUGGCAUGGGUGGAGCAUUUCAGAUGACUUGUACAGUUGACUGAAAUGCACCAUCGGUUUUAUCUGAUUACAAGUUGGGGGUUGUGUCUGAAGAUGCAUUUUCUUUUCCUCUUGGAUUUCUACCACAAAGAAAAUGUGUGUUGUGUCCAAACUCAUGUUGUUUUAUAAAAUGAUAAUUUUAUGAAAUGACUGUAACCUAACAUUUUCAACUUCUGAUGGACCUGUUUCUGUAUGUAAGUGUGUUGUUUUUGUUUUUUUUAUGAAAGUUUUGCUAAAUGCACUGAGCUUUGAAGAAACUUCUCUGGACCCGGCUUUGUUUCAGAAGCAGUAGCAGCAAGUAGUCUGCAGAAUGCUGUUCUGUGCUGCAGCAGUAAGCUGCAUUUCACACCGCAACGCCUUACCAGCAGGAUUGCUGUCCUGCCACACAGUACCUCUAAGACAUCGGGUGCGCAGACAUGGCUGAAAGCUUGGAGCUUGCAGUGCCAGUAGUGAUGGGAAGGCAACGCGAACCGGCUCGUUGGAGAGAUGCGGUUACCAUGUGUUGAUGGUGACACCAUGUGCUUUGUAACUCCACUGCUUCACGACUCGAGCUGAGCCAUGUACACUGGCUGCAGAGUGAGUGUACAUCAGAGUGGUCCUCUUUGCUUUGUUUCUAUGGCAAUCCUAAGGAAGUGGAAGGAGGCAGCUCCUCUGCUUGUCUUAGCUUUACGUCCUGCUCCACUGAAUGUCGAAGAGCAUUCCAUGUUUAUAAAAAGAGACCGUAAGAAUUCAUGGCUGAUUCCUCCUGCCCUCCUCUCCUCACAGGAUGUGAAGUGAAAUAUUGAGGGUUGUGCAUUUUUUCUUCAAAUUCUACUGCUGUUUAAUGAGUUAUUUUGAAAUUGGUGAGGGUAGGAAGUAGAUCCCUUGAAAUAUUUGUUGAAAAUGGCAUGUUAAAGACAAAUUCUUUUUCUCCUUUCAGAGCUGGUUUUGAUAAAAUGCUGCCUCCCUGGUCCUGGAUUUUGAACUCAUUCAUAUGUAUCUGUACACUUGCAAUUAUCUUCCCUUUUUUUUUUUUUUUCUUUCCUCUGACAAGGUGAAAAAGAAACUACAGCUCUGCUUGUUUAAGAAUGACUUUUUCAGGCUUAGAAGUUAAGCUUUUAGGAGUAUGUGAGUAGAAGUGUUUCAACUCUAUUUGCACAGGAGUUUCUUAGGCUUUAUUACUACUGUUCUCACUGUUUGGUUUUUUUUUUGUGCCAAAGGCUGUAAGAAGUGCACGCUGAGUCUGUAGCAUUUUCUGAUACUCAGGUUAACUGCGAUUUUGUUUCUAUGUGCGUGCUUAUUAGCUGCCUUCCUGCAGUUUCCUUCUGAACUGUCACUAUUCCGGCCUAAAGACAGCUGUUGGAACAGAAUAUUAUGAAAAACGGGACAGAUGGGUGGAAACAAAACAAGAAUAAAGCAACAAGCAACUGACCCGCAGUCUUAAAUACGGCCAGUCAUCAUUGGCACCAUGCAGUUACUGCUUUCCCUGCUGGAAGAACAGCUUGAGGGUUGGCAUGGCUGUUAGGUGCUUAGUGUGGGCUUCAAUUAAGGUAAAUUACAAGAAGAAAGAAUCACAUUUGAUUUCUGUCUGAUGACCUUGAAGUUUCAGGUUGAAGAGCGCAGCAGAAUUUCUUUGUGUGGUGGAUUUUUUACUACUUUAUUUUUUUGACAGAGGGCUCACACAUGGUUUUAUUACAGCACAGGAAAGCUGAAGUUGGAUUGUGUACAAUAACUGAUAGGAGAGAUGAAAGCAAACCUUAAACCCAAGUUACUCUGAAACUGGCAUUGUGCCUCCAGCUGCCUCCGAGUUACAGCCAAUGAUACUUGCUUUCUUGUGGCCUUAAUAAGCCUUGAUCUUUGUACUUACAUCUAUGAAAUAACUUUUUGCAUACAUGCAGUUUUUAUGUUUCUUGAGUUAAAAUGAUUUUUUUCUCUCGUCUGAGAUAAGUAUGCUUCAUUGCAUCAACUCUGUGGUCUAUUAAGUUUGCAGCCUGGGUUUAAGCUUCAACUAUGGUUCAGCAGAGGCAAAGCAUGGUACUGCUGGGGAACAUAGUAUCCUUUUGCCUUUAUUCAGCAUGUAGAUAUCUUUACCUGUGUGCUUGUCGUUCCUGGAGAGUAUUGUGACCUUACCAGAAAUACUGGAAAGACCAUGUGCACUUAGACUUGAACCAUAUGUCUGUGAAGAUGAUGAUCACAAGGUAAGGAAUUCACACUUCCCUUUCACCAGGAAAUAGCAACAAGUUUUUAACAGUUCUUUCAGUCUGCUGAAUGACUGAACCAUAGACCUGUCAGAAUCGGCUGCUUUGGGCAGUUUUUGUCAAAGGUACUAAGAAGCCCUUCAUAGUUAUGGUCACUGAAAGGAAGAUAAGAGGGUGAGUUUCUCUGCAGACUCUCAAUAGCCGUGAGAUGUGCGGAAUUGCUUUUGCUGACUUGUGUCACGCGGGACCUGCGAAAACCAACUUUCAAGGAAAUAAUUUUUAAUCAUUCUGGUUGUCCCAGUUAAUAAAACUAAGUACUGUGAAAAUAAGUUGGUAUAUUUGCUACUGUGAGAAUAAGAGUUUAUCUGGAGUUUUUUAUACUAUAUAGUGUAUUUUUAUAUAUGAGAAAUAUAUAUAAAAGAUACACAUGCUCGCACACAUCGCACUGUGUUUUUAGUAACAUUGCAGCCACAAUCAUUCUGAUGAAACUAGGAGGAGUGAAUAAGGGAAACCUGCAAGAGAAAAAAGUGCAAGGGGUGGCUGCUGAGUUACUUUUCUACAGCGCUUCUUUUCAAAGAAAAAUUGAGGAAGUGGUGUGUAUAGCUGAGUUUGUGACUAAGGCAUCACCUAAUAUUAAAGAGCAUAAAAUCUAUUUUAAAAUUGCUGGCAUUCAGCUUUUAAGUGCACUUUCCUGAACUACACUUCCAUUUCUUGUUAGACUUCAAGUUUCUAAGCUUUUUUGUGUACCACUAAACAGAGUUUUGUGAAACUGAUGUAUGUCAUAAAUAUUGCAGUUGUUAAAUAAAUAAACAUGAUAACAGUGACUUCGCA